CCCGCCCCGCCCCGCCCUCCCGCCGCCUCCGCCGCCGCCUCGCCCGCAGAGAGCAGCGGCGCAUCCAGCCAUGGCGAAGGCAGCGGCGGCGCCGGACGACGACUACAACUUCGUCUUUAAAGUGGUUCUGAUUGGAGAAUCGGGGGUGGGAAAGACCAAUCUGCUCUCGCGCUUCACCCACAACGAGUUCAACCAUGACAGCCGUACCACGAUUGGGGUGGAGUUCUCCACGCGCACCAUCCUGGUGGGAGAUGCACUAGUGAAAGCCCAGAUCUGGGACACGGCCGGGCUGGAGCGCUACCGGGCCAUCACAUCGGCAUACUAUCGUGGGGCGGUGGGGGCCCUCUUGGUGUUCGACAUCACCAAGCACCAGACGUACGAUGUGGUGGAGCGCUGGCUGAAGGAGCUUUAUGACCACGCAGAGGCCACCAUCGUUGUGAUGCUGGUGGGCAACAAGACAGAUCUGGCCCAAGCCCGGGAGGUGCCCACGGAAGAGGCCAAGAUGUAUGCAGAAAACAAUGGGCUGCUCUUUGUGGAGACCUCUGCCUUGGACUCCACCAACGUGGAACUGGCUUUCGAAACCAUUUUGAGAGACAUUUUCAAUAAAGUGCAGAAGCAGAAGCAGAAGAGCCCUCUGGACAACAAAAUCUCACUCUCUACCGAAAAUCACAACGUGGCAUCCACCUCCGCGGCGGCUGAGGGGAAGAAGACCUGCUGCAUGAACCUCUGAGGGGGCCAGUGGGUGGGAGUCACCAGCUGGGUUCAUGCAUGCAUUAAGCCAAGACGACAGUUUAAUCCUGGUUUGCCCAACGAGCUGGGUUCACAUUAAGCCAAAAUUAAGCCAUGAUAGGGUAAAAACCUGUUGUACUGCAGUUUAGCUAUAGAUGGAUUUCAGAAUUUCUUGAUCUGUUUGCCUACCUCAAGUUCGGGAAUUUGGUCUUGUGUUGGAGCAACAUAGGAAAUUGUUCCAAAGCUGGUUGUAGAUUGGAUCCAGAUUCACCCACACAUAGAACAGACUCGCUGAAGCCAAGAGGCCAAUUCUAAGUCCAGAUGUUUGGCCGUACCUGUGAAACAAAUACUUUCCUUCCUCUCUCCCACUGGUACUUCCCUGUCUUGCCUUCCAGCCACUGAUGCUAAACAUGGCCGCCACUGUGGACUCACUAGUUUGGGCAGCCUUGCCAAGGGAACGUGCCUUUUGCUCCCUGGCAGUUAUCAGUGCAGAACCUGUGACAGAAGAGGAGUUGAUGGGAAGGGGCUUCCUGUCUGAUCUUAACCACGAUUCCUCAAAGAUAACCCUGUCUGAACAUCUAUUUGUCUUUUGGAUGGUGCUUAAAAGUGUUUUCUGAUCUGGAUUGGUGCUAGGUCUUUUUCUCCAGUUGCCCUGCAGAGCUUGCAGAACCUCCAUUGUAGGCAACACACACACACACAAUCUUGCUCGCUUGGCUACUCUGUGCUGGAACAGGAACAUCCCUUUCGUCUGGUCCUCGGCUCUCCACAGCCAUUUUCUUCUCAUCAGCAAAAGUGUGAAAUUAGAGGGUUAAAAAAAAACCAAACUGAAUGAAAUUGGAAAGAGUUCUGCCAUUUCUGACAGAAAGAUGAUUAAAAAAUAGUCUUCCCAUCUGAACCAGGAGUAAAGAUACAUGGGACUCCAUCUUGGGAAGGUGGUCCAGGCAGCCCAUCACUCUGGCCACCCUAGAGAGGGUUGAAAUCUGGAAAAGGAUGCCCUGCAGGGAAAUUCCAUGGUAUAUGUUGAAUCUGCUAAUCCAAAUGAAAGGCAAAUAUUUUAUUCCUCUGGAAGGAAUAAAGGAAUGUUAUUGGCCUGGAAGUAGAACCUGUAGGUGAGCAAAUGGUGGGCAGCAGUAUUGUUCAUUUAUGAAACUGGACUCCUGGGAAAUGGUGAGAGUUGGUGGAUGAGCCCCUCUGAGGAACUGGCAAAAGAGAAUUUGACCAAGACGCACACAAACCAUGGGGGGGUCAUAUUUACACAUGACACCAAGCCACUGUCCAUGGUUACAUGCUACAGGAACUGAGUUCAAAGGAAAUGCUAAACAAUGUUUUGUUUACGGUAGCUACUUUGGGUCAUGCAGAUCAGAUGGGCGUCCAUAUCAAUUUAGGAAAUGAAUACAGAGACGUUAACACAGGUGGCUGAUGUUCUAGCUAAGGGCAGUGAGUAGGCCCAGGUCAAGGAAACAGCAGUUGUGGCUUACCUGCACCAAACUGUGGUUGGUUUUCACAAGAAUUGGUUGAAAGAAUUGUGCCUUAUUGUGCACGUAUAUAGAAGUUGGAAAUUGGUGAUCCUUGAAUUGUGGGGAGGGAGAACAAAGGAAGCUGGUUCCUCAUGCCACUUUUUUGAUGUUGGGAAUAAUCGGCUCCGUGGGUCCAGGGUGUGGAUGGACCUUGAGAAGACCAAAAGGUCAUCUUCGGUGACCUUCCUUGAGUCUUUUGCCUUUAUUCCUGGCUUAGGGAGCUGCAGUUAGUCCAAUCGGCCUCUUCAGAAGCUUAGAUUGCUUUCUUGCUUGCAGAGAAAUGAAGCCGAAAGUCACAGGUAGCCCUCCCAUUGUAGAC